UGCGCAUGCGCAGUCAUUUGUCAGAGGCCAUCUUCCUGAGUGGAAACGAAUGCGACUUAUUCUUUGGGAAACGUACGUCUGUUGAGCAGAUUUCCUAACCAGAAAGCAUCAAGAUGUUAUUCAGAAUUGGUGCAUUGCUGUUCUGUAUAUUGUUAACCGAUAAUGUGGGCUUGGCAAUAAAAAUUAUGCCAGGUUAUGCUGAGUACAUGGUACUUUCUGAUGAAAAACUUGUACUUAACUGCUCCAACACACCUGUACAAGGUGCUUUAAAGUGGUACAGAAAUGACAUACUUUUGAACAGCGACACAUCUGCCAACUUGGAGAUUCGUGGCAAAGCAGAGAGUGGUGAUAAUGUCAGCAUUUUGACGUACUCCCCUGUGAGCGAGAACAGGUCAGGAGAAUAUAAAUGUAAAAGUGAGGUUGGCACAAGUCCCCCAAGUGUAGCAGCAGAGGCAAAAAUUACAGUCUUUGAUAUAACAGUCAAGACAACUGAGGCAGAGUUUGAGUACAAAGAGGAUGCAACACUGGGAUGUGAGGUUCCAAUAUCAAAUGUUAACAUUGUAUGGAAGAAGAACAAUACUAAUGUUAGUGAUCUGCAGACAGCGAGCAGCACAGCAAAGUUUGUCCAACAUCAAAAUGGAACACUAGAGUUCAAAAAUCCAACUCGAGAAGAUGCUGGCUUGUACUUCUGCACAUUUCAAACACAAGCUGGACAGCAAGUGAAAAUUCCUGUGGCGUUCUAUGCUAAACCCAUGGUGCUGCCUUUUGAGAAGUCGAAGAAUCUAGUGCAAGAAGAAAGAUUAGAGAUUCGUUGCAAAGCGCUUGGAUAUCCCCAGCCAACCAUUUAUUGGUUCAAGGAAGAUGUUCCAAUUCCACCUGACGAUAAGGAGUCACGAUUCACUUUGUCAGAUGUGGAUGGGUUUCCUAAUGCUCGUCUUGAAAUUGCUUCUGUCAACUUUGAUGAUGCAGGAAACUACAUGUGUCUGGCAAAUAGUACUAAAUUUUCAGACAUGAACGCCAACCAGACGAUCCACAUCCGCGUAAAGGACAAACUGGCAGCUCUGUGGCCAUUCCUUGGCAUUGUGGCUGAAGUGGUUGUGCUUUGUACAAUCAUAUUUAUUUAUGAAAAGAAACGUAACAAGGAUGCUAAUGCCGAGGAAGAUGUCAACCAAGAUGGAGCAACACCUGAAAAGAAAUCUGAGGGUGUGCGCCACCGUGGUAAUACAAAUAAUCCAAGGGCUUGAAUGUAUAAUGUCAUCACAUCUAGAAACUGCCUGGAAAUUUUUUUCUUAAAUCUUGACACAUUUUCUGCUUUUCUUUCACUAUAUUUAUGCAGAAUAUUUUUUAGCAUGGUUACCCUGUUUACCCUCACUCCCUCCCCCCAUGUUUGUUUUUCCUACCAUCUCUUUUAUAAAUGAGGAGGGGGAACUAAGCAUUUUCAUAACUAUGACCUUUUUAGGAAAAAUCUUUGUUCCUGAGUGAUCAACUUUUUUUUUGCCUCUACUGUGAUUACACUUUUUCUGGGAAACAUUUUACACAUUUUUAUUCCCAUGUAAGUGACACUUCAUGUGUUUGAACUUUGUGGUUUUGCAUGUGUGGAGUAAAUUUUUUUCACCCAAAGCUAGAUUAUUUCAUAAUAGGAUUAGUAAUUUUGUGUGAAGAAGGAUUGUUGCUUGAAGCUAACCUUCCUGUUGUAUGAAUGUUUUUGCGCAACAUUUUUCUCAGAGGGACGUCAAGGUCUGAUGACUGCAGUGUAUGGGAAGUUUUGUCAUUAAGGUUUGUCUGGUGUGUCAUGUGUGUCUGAAUUGUUAGAGACAUGGAUCUGAGUGAAAGUGCAAAGUGCAGGCUUUUUGAGUGUGCUAUGUGAUAUUCUGAAGAAUAAAAUCACUAUUAAUAACUUGUUUUAAACAUUGAUAAUACUGAUCUUAAUGUUGUGAUUGGUCUGUUAGAAGAUACAUUAUUUUAUAGAUUAGCUCGGUUUGUUUUUCCAAAAGAGCAUUGUCAUCUGCAAGGUGAAGACUAAAUAUGUAUAUAAGAUUUGCCAGUAAUCUGUGUUAUUGCAAAAGAAAGAUCCCAAAACAUCUGCUUCAUGAUUUUUUGAAAUGCAUCAGAUUUUUUUUGUAUACUAUGCUGUAGAAGUAUUCUGUGGUGUAGUUGAUGGCAUUCUUGAAAUUUGUAUUCCUACAGUAAAAUGAUGCUGUUUGUAUUACUGCAAAUGUAAGUAUGGCAACAUUUGUUUAGAUGUAAAUUGCACUUUUUCCAAAACUUUUCCUCUAGUCUUGGAUACAUAACUUGCAUUUACGUUUUUUUUAGGAUCUGCUGCUAUAUUGACUACCAUUAACAUUUUUUGGGAAAAAGUCAUUUCUGACAAUUGGGGAGGGGGGAACAGUUGAAGAUUGUAGACUGUCCCUUGAUUAAUAAGAUUUUAUGGUAGCAGGGAAGGGAGAUAAUGUCCAAAGUGGCAAAGUAUAUGUGGAUGGUUAACUACAAAUUGAAUUAGAUGGAAACAACUACAAUGUUUCAAAGGUGAUCCAUACAUAAGAGACGUGCCACUAGAAGCACAUAUAUCGUGGUAUCUUUGGAAAUAUUUUCUUAAUCCAACUCAUUAGCAUUGUUAGACACGUGUCAUUCAGAUUCUUCGAUAUGCAUGAAAUUCAAGCAUUUUCCAAAACAAAAUACGGAAAGUGUUAGAAGAACAAAUAAGAACUCUCUAUGAAGUUUAAAACAUUCAGGAAUUGGCUGUUUCUACCUCAUUGCUUCCUGAGAAAACGCUUUCUUGCAAAUAAACAAGAAAUAAGGUACCACUAGCAACAAAAAAUAGUCAUCCUGUUUACCAGUGAAGGGAUAAGGUUUAUUUCAAAAAUGUUAAGGUAAAGCUAUGAUAUUGCAAUAAAAAAAUGGAAGCACAUUGUAACACCAGUUAGGUUGCAUUCAGCAUGUAUACAUAACAUUGCCAAUGUGUUCACUAUUAUUCUUUACCUUUACAUGUUUGAUUUUUAGAAUAGUAACUGUUUUAUGUUAGUAAUUCUAAUUCUUUCCUUAAGUAGCAUACUGGCCAGAAAUCAGUCUGUGCAUUUAACUGUAACAGUUAAUGUGUGUGUUCUUAAGAACUGACAAUUGUUAGGCUCAAAGAAAUGAGAAUCUGCAAUCUUUUUUGAACACCUUUAGGUCCUUUUAAGCAUUGGAUGUUAACCAACUUUCUCCAAAAUGUGUUUUUUGUCAGACUGCAUCUUUUUUAUUAUUAAUAUUGACUUUUAUUCUUAUGUAUACACACAUUUCAGUGUUUUAUGCUGCUUGCGGCGUGGUAUUGUGCAGUUUAACAAAAGCGUUCCUCGUAAACAAUGAUGUAGAUCAGCCAAAAUACUAUAUUAUAUAAGACUGUAUAUACAGUGCUGCAGUUAUAGCAUCUUGGCUGUUGCAGGAAAUAAAAUUAGUUAUUCCAUUUCAGCAUCUAUAUAGUCCUGUUCUGCAGUUUAAGGUUUAAAAAAAAAAGUAGACUAUCCUCAUUCCUAUUCUGAAGACAGAAUAAUCAGUUUCAUGUAUUAAAAUAGGGAAAUGUCUUGAGUCA